AUGUAUUUUCCGGAAGAGCGCACGUCGAAUAACGAGGAAUCAUCGGCGUCAUCAGCACGUGGCAGCCCUUUAACGUUUGUGAGAACUCUCAAAGUUCAACUCGACUACAUUCUGAUGAACAACAUUCGUCAGUCAGAUAUCCGAACAUCUAAAGCAGUUUGGGACGUUGCUUUUGACUGUGGCCGCCCAGUUCGCCUUAGCUUCAAGAUACGGUUCUACAACAGAAACCGAGAAGCUCCUCUUCAACCGAACAUCGAAAUGGCAGGUGUGAAAGAACGAAGAAUGCAUAACGGAAUUCCGCUAAUAUGUACCUAUUCAUGUUGGAGUGCGGGCCUGGAAGAAGCUCAGCGAUGCGGAUUCUUUCAAAAAAUGCAUCCAGGACGCUGCAAGAGAAGCCUCCUAGUUCUAUUGCCGCUGGAAAAGUUUGCCUUUGCAUCUACGGAACAAAAUCCACAUGUAACUCUGUAUGUGCGCAAUCGCGUCAAGCGAUGA